AUGGCUGCCCCCGCGGACAAGACCACCAAGAACCUCAGCGGCAAAUGGGUCCUGAACAAGGAGCUCUCCGACUCGGCUGAGCCGGGCCUGUCGAUCCAGGGCAUCGGCUACCUGGUGCGCAAGGGCGUCGGCCUGGCGACCAUCACCAUCGACGUCAACCAGUACGAGGCGCCCCCCAAGGCGCCCUCGACGGCCGACGGCACCUUCACCCACAUCGACAUCGAGCAGUCGGCCUCGGGCCUGAGCUCCACCAAGGAGGCCCGCUGCCUCGACGACCUGCCGCGCGACCACUCGGACUGGCUGUUCGGCAAUGUCAAGGGCCAGAGCAGCUGGGUUUCCGUGGAUGACAUCACCGACGAGUACCUCAAGAAGGGCUGGCUGUCCGAGGGCGAUGGCAAGACCCUCAUCCGCAGCCACGUCGUCAGCCAGGACAACGGCUGGACCGCCACCCAGAUCUGGGGCUUCCAGGACAUCAACGGCGAGCGGAGGUACUGCCGCAACAUCGUCAUCGCCAAGGGCGACCAGCGCGCCGAGUUCCGCUUCGUCUACAACUACGAGGGAUAG